UUUUAUAAUUCUUAUUAACAAAUGACGUCAGAAUAACACAUGUGAAAUAAUUCAUGUAAAGUUAAUUUCUAAAACAAACUACUUUGUCAGUCGUUUCUUUGCAAACGAGGAAAUUAACAUGAAAGUACAAGGUUUUUAUAUACCGUCAAUUUACGACUAUGCGCCUUUAACUUUCUGUUAGAUUUUCCGACAAUAUACUUAGUAAUGGCCAUCUGACGACUUAUUUAAUUUUCGUUUAAAACCAAAAUGGAACGGCGUACAGGUGGAUGGAUACUGUUACUGCUGGUGAUCUGUUUCACAUACAGCCAAGCCCGGUUGUGUUUCAUCUGUGGAUAUAACGCACCGACAGACGGGAAAGUGGGCAUCAAUUGUGUGAACGAUACUUCUAAAGCAAGUGUUCAUACCAAUUGCUCCAACGACCGGGUGUGUACAUUCGAUGUCCAGUUCCUCAAAAGUUCCCUCGAGUUAGUGUCAGUGACCCGGAACUGUCUUCCGUCAUCCGCCCCUCGUUCCAACACGUGCUUAGACGACUGGACACACCGACAGUGUACAUUUUCAUGUAAUACGGACUUGUGUAACAACUUGACGGCCCAGGAGCUCAACAAUCGAUACGGCGACAGGGGAGCGAACUCUGCACAUUCCUCGGUCGAAAUUAUCUCCCUUGUUUCCAGUUCUCUCGUGGUGUGCGCUGUUUGGAUUGUAAAGACACGGAUUAGUCUCUAAUUGGUGUAAGACAUAUUACGGAACCUUGUACAUCCGUAAUCCGGAAAUCAAGAAAGAACGUUGUCUAGAUAUUGAUAUUAGAUACAUUAUACACACUUCGAGGAAAGGGAGACAAACAGAAAAUAUGUUUCUCUUUCCAGUUACUACACAAUAUCCCACGUAAGGUUCUACAAUUAAUAAACUAUUAAUCAUACAUUAUUACAGCUCUUAAUCACCAAGUUAAAACAAUUGUUAGGAUUUGAAUAAUUACUAUUUUCCAAUCAGUUUUAUGUUAAUAAGUUUAAUCUUAUCUUUUUCAAAACAUGGAUUUUUUGAGGUAUCUUAUGUAUGUUAUACAUGUGUCCUACACUGGACAUUCACGUGAGAUUAAUAGCAUAUUUCGCCCCUUUUGGUUUAAUAAAGGGAAUCUCUUAUCAUGGCGAGGUGUAUCCACGUCUACCCUAAUGUGAUGUUCAUUUACUAUUUGUCCUGUUGGGUCGUAGAUAAGGAAUUUAGUACCAAGAAAGAAGAUUCCUAAGUUGUCAAACACGACGCUCGCCAAGUGUUUGGCAACUGCGGUAUCUUAAAAACUAUUAACUCCUUCCCGAAGGUGGAGAUUCUCCCGUUUUAUCCAAAAAGAAUUGGAUUAUUCUUUUUCUCUUAUCCUGUUUGCUCUGUCAUCUGUUCAAUGUUGACAUUGACGUUAAUCAAGCGAAUGUUGUUUGAUCAAUGAUAAUUAUAUGCACUGCAUCCUCUGUCUAUCGUAAACUUUUCUAUAAGGAUUGCCUCCCUCCAUUGAUAUUCAACACAUGUUUCUUAUGCGUGUUUGGAAUGUGUCCUUAAUUCUUUUAUUCUUCUUAUGUUUUGUCAAUCAUUUUGUGUACGUCUAACACGUGUCAUAAAUAUUUGCGCACGGUUGAAAAGCGUUAUAAAUUCUCUUAAACUCCUGAAAUGUGUCAUCAAUACUUGAAUUCCGCUCAAAUUUAUCCUCAGCGUUUGUUUAUUCUGUUAAUGUUCUCAAUUCAAUUAUAACAUCAAUUAAUAGAUUUAGUUUGAAUUACCAAUCUUACAUUAUGUUUUAGUGUGAAUCUCUCAUGGAUAUGAAAUGGAAGUCAGUUCAGACAGCAUAUGCCGUUAAAUAGGUUGUGAUGUGAAGUCACAAAGAGAAAACAUAUAUUCCGUUUGGGCUAGGUUCUUAGUUCUCGGUGCGUUUGACGCUGGAUUCACGUUAACUAUAACAUCUGAAUGACUCACGAACACUCAUCUGGUGAAUUGAAUUGUAUAUUAUAAGAUAGGAAAAACGAUGUUAAUUUAUGAUAUGACAACAUAUCCAAAUAUCAGAGAGCGAUAUUUGUUGACUUUUUAAACAUGUCCAACCAUCAAUAACUAUUGCCUGUAUAUUAUAAGAUAAGAAAAACGAUAUAAAUUUAUGAUAUUACUACAUAUCCAAACUUCAGAAAGCGAUCUUUGUUGACUUUUAAACUUGUUCAACCAUCAAUAACUAUUGCCUAUGCACUCAUCUGGUGAAUUGACUUGUAUAUUAUAAGAUAAGAAAAACGAUAUUAAUUUAUGAUAUUACAACAUAUCCAAACAAGCAAAACAUCAAAUAGUGAUAUUAGUUUAAUAUGGUUUUUUUACAUGUUCAACCAUCAAAAAUUAUUCCUAUAAAUCAUGCCUUUACAUAUAUCUGGUUAUUGUUGUAUUAGUUUAUACUAUCUGUUGAUAUUAAGUGAUGAUAUUUGUUCAACCUUUAAUAAAACCGUUAACAUAAAAUUAUUGUACUUGUAUAUUGUAUAAUGUACUAGAUGUGAUAGUUAAACUAUUUGGGAGUGAUAGCAAUUGAUGAUAUUUUAUCAUGUUAACAUAUUACUAUUAAAGUACAAUGUCAUUUUCGUCUGUCCGCUUGUCUGUAAUGUCUGUUUUGUGAAAGAUCCCGCUGAUUUGUGAUUUAGUACGGCUUUGCUUUAUGGUAUUAAAGAUAU